AUGAGGCUUCCCUUAUUACUUCUUCUCUGUUCUUCCCUAGCAGAAACGUUUUUCAGAUCAUGUUAUUAUUCGUUGAACGAUCCUCCGGUUUCAUUAAUAGAGAAAGACUUAUGUUCUCAUAUAAUACUCAUUGGCAAGGCUAAUGUAAAUGUACUGGGUUUGCUUGAAACACCAGACGUAGCUGACAAUUUGCUUUUCAAGUCGAUCAAAAAAUAUUCUCCGAAUUCUAAGUUGAUCAUCUGUAUUACAGGGGCGAAUCCGUCUUUCUCUCAGCUUGUUUCUUCUCCGACACUUAUAGAACGUUUUGUGGAUAAAGUCUUCGCAUACGUUGAAGCCUAUCAAUUCGACGGCAUUGAUUUGGAUUGGGAAUUCCCAACAUGGAGUGCGGACGCCAAGAAAACAGACAAACAUCUAUUCAGCGAUCUUCUGAUGAAAAUUAAUGAGAAAUUUGGUGGUAAAUACAUGCUAACAGUAGCGGUGUCAGGUCCACCGACAAUCACCAAAGUGGCAUAUGAUGUGAACAGUUUGAACAAAUAUGUUGACUUUGUUCAAGUUAUGAACUACGAUUUUCAUAUAUUCUCUUAUCUUUAUCCUGUUGUUGGAUUUAAUGCACCAUUGCGCAAACUGAAGGGAGAGCAGAGCAUUAUAGGGCAGAUGAACUCGGAAGCCUCAAUGGCCAAAUGGAAGAAUAUGGGAUUGUGGAGUAAUAAAACAUUAUUUGGAAUACCUACAUACAGCAGAGCUUAUCUACUGGUAAACAAAUACCUCCAUGAACCAUUUGCGUUGGCAGAGAAAACGAUCGACACAUUGAGCAAAAGAGCUGUCGUCUGUGAACUACUGAAAGAUACGCGAAACUAUUUCCAAGUAUGGAACAAUAGAGCUGCAUCACCCUAUGCUUAUGGAAAUGACAAAACGUGGAUCAGUUUUGAAAACGAAAAAAGCGUGAAACAGAAAGCUUUGUACGCUUACGCGUCUGGAGUAGCUGGUGUGAUGAUAUACGACAUUGGAUCUGAUGAUUAUUACGGUUCUUGUGGUAACGGAACGUUCCCACUACUGAAGGCUAUUAACGCAGCGUUAGGUUAUUGA